CUGAUAACAGGCUUUUCUUCAACAGUAUUUUGGAAAUAGGUAGGACCCAAACAAGAGCAGCAUUAAUGACAGUUUCAAGUUUCUCUAAGAAUAUGUGGUUUGGUUUCAUAGGAUCCUCACAAAACCAAAGGGAAAAAGCUCCAGAGCUCACUCUUCUUUCUUUGUCCAUAAGUCAAAGCAAUCAACUGCUCUGCUUUGAUUCGUUUCUUUGGAUUCAGCGCUCUGUUUUGAAGAACCAAACAGGUCAAAACUUUCUCUGAGGCUGAAACUAUUAUAUGAUAUCCAAAACCAUGCAAGAGUUAUGUAGGAAUUGUAGGAAAUGGUUUGUGGAAUAUCAGUAGAGUUAGCUGCUGAUUAUGCUCUGCCAAUGUAUAUGAGAUCUCAAUCAAUAAGAUAUGCCUCAGGACAGUCUAAGAUCAAGAAUUUACCGAUCAUUUAUAACUUGUAACGAUCCGAAAGGCAUAGUUGAUAAAACCACUGUCAGAAUAAAGAAAGUUGUUCUAUCAGAAAUGGAUAAGAAAACCAAAAGCCGGACAGCUAGGAAGAACUUUUACGAAUUUUCGGGCUGUAAGUUACCAAGAGAGGAAACAACCAUCAAAGAAGUUGUGGAUGAAUUGAGCAGUUCAUCAUCAUCACAACUCAUGGAAGUGUCCAGAGAAGCUCAGAAGCUGAACCGGACAAUUGUUUUGUGGUCCAAUGGUAUGAAAUAUAAUAGCCAAUCUGAACAAAUUGCAAGAGAUUUGUUUGAAGGAGCUAUUGAUUUGCAGCAGUCCUUGGUCAUUCUAGGGAAAUUGCAGGAAGCUUCAAGGUACAUGACUCAGGUGAAGAAAAAUGAAUGCAUAGAAAAGAGGACAAGUGGAAACAUGGGCAUGGAGAGAACAUGUUUCAACCGAAAUGAAUUUCAUAAACCCCAGCUUUCGUUUGAUUAUUCUUAUGGAGAUGGUGCCAAGGAACUCAAGAAGACGAUCCGAGAUCGCCUCGCAAGACAACUCCUAUUUUCAAGUACGACGAAUAUGGCCGAACGAAUCGGUUUUCCUGAAAGUGGUAUGGAAAACUCAGCUUCAGAUUUCGCAUCCACAAGCUCUGGACAAUCUUCAAUGGUGUAUAAAACUGCUCGAAAUCCCGCAAAGAAGGGUCAUGGAAAAAAUCUGAGAGCAAAGAAAAUGGAUCUAGAACUUCAACCAAAGCAAAUGCAUGAAACUUUAGGCAGACAUUUACCUAGAGAAAAGAUUUUAGAUCUCCAGAGGUCUAAGUUUAGCAACGAAAUGGUCGAGACAAAGAAGUCGAAGGCAGUUAGACACAAGAUAGGGAAGAGAACCACAGAGUUAAAUCUUGACACUCAUCAAUUCAAAGGCAUUCUUAAGCAUUCUGCAAAGGAAGUGGAUGACUAUUUCAAUUAUUCCAGCUACAGCCAUUCAAGAGAAGAGUUAACCCAUACUGCCCCGCCAAUUGUACUUCUAAAACCUCUGCGUGUUUCACAAGCUGAAUGGGAGGAACGACAAGCACGGGUUUUUGAAGAAGACGAAGCUUUGAACAAAAAAAAGUUCAUGAAACUGAAGAUGAAAGAAAAGCAUCCUCAGCAAAGGAAUGGCAAUAAAUCAGAAGUAUUAAGUUCCAAAAGAGUGAUUGGGUCAAUAGGGGCAGAAGAGACUGCAAUCUCAAGGAUAUUUCACAGAAAAGAAGCUCAAAACCCAAAAGAAGAUAAUAGGAAUCCAAAAGAAUGUAUCAAUGCCAUCAAGCCCAAAAAAAGGAUUUCACAUAGUCCACCCGAUCAAAAUCUCCAGAGGAAAGAAGCAAUUGAUAGGAAAGUUCUUGAAUCACAGAAAGAGAUUGUAGCUAGAAAAAAUCCACUUUCGCAAUCUAAGAUUGUACCAAAGUUUCAAGAUCAAGUGCAGGGAUCCCUUAGCAAACUUCAACGUAAACUAAAUGCUACAAGGGAACAUGUCCCUCAGGACUCGACUCCUACUUCAAACACUGCCUUUGAGUGCAGCCGAUUCAGCACGAAUCAUGCAAUUGCAGAAAAGGUCAUCAACGAGGUUUCGGUACAGAAACCAGAGGCCAUUAACUUUGGUGGCAAAAGCAAUGUUAAGAAGCCUGAUAAAACAUCUUCUCCAGCUUCUUUACCAAAUAUGAAGGAAAAAGCCGGUAGCUCCAGACAUCAAACAUGUGAGUACAGUAGUGAUAGUCAAAGCUCUCUCAUUCACGCAUGCUGCACAACAGAAAGCUCGAAGUACAUAGAAAAUGAAAGAUCAGUUACCAAACCUGGAACUACACCGAAAUGUCCGAUGUCGAGCAAUCCGCCGCCUUCCAAUCGCGCGAAUGAGCUCUUCCGUCUUAAUGCCAAUGGGAGCUCGAGAUUGUGGAUCUUGCCGGAGGAAUCGCCGCCGACUGCCAGUGACGGCAUGGAAUCUUUAAGAAAUUACAGAAAAAUCAAUUCAGUAACAAACGGAAUUUUAGGCUUGCGCUGGUGGUGGCCGAUUCGAGAAUCAAUGAAUGAGGCAGAAGAUGUUGUUGAAGAUGUGGAAGAGAGGAUAUUGGUUGGAUUGAUUCAGGAGGUCUUCGCCUGAUCAUUUGUUCUUCAUCUUCCACUUUUUUCUUUUCUUUUCUUUUCUUUUCUUUUUUUU